AGCGCCCCUCCUCCCCCCAAUCUUGUGGCUCUCUCUCCUCCGUCGUCGCGACGAAGAAGACGGGAGAGCACUUCCGCCAUUAAAACCGCCGAGCAAGCUACUAAAGCAAGCCGCGGCGACCGAACAUGACUCUGCUCCAAGCUUCUCUUCUCUGCAAGACCUCUCUCCCUCUCUCUCCUCCUUGCCCUUCUUCUUCCUCCGGACAGCGUCUCCACUGUCGCUCCCGCCUCCACUGCCCCCACCGGGUGAACUUCGAUCCUCUCCCCGCUUCCGUCCGAUUGAAAUUCGCGCCUCGGGAUCGUCGAUCUCGCGGCGACCGCUCGUUGAUUCGCUGCGCAUUACGGCCCGGCGGCGUAGAGGCGGACGCCGAGUGGGCUUCUUCCGGCGACGGUCCCCCUUCCUUCUCCGGCGAGGCGAGGGUCGACGAAUUCGUCGGGGAGAGCUCGAGCGUCGUGGCGGAUGGUUCGAGAGCGGAGGAAUUCGGCGGCGAGAGCUCGGUGAUUAAGGCGAGGAGGGAGUUCGGGGGAGUGAGCUGGGAGGGUGGUGAGGCGGUUGGCGAGCGCAAUUCGGAGGGUAAUGAGGGGGAGAAAGAUGGUUACUUGAUGGGAAAGGACGGCGUGAAGAGUAAAAUCCCGGUGAUGGUGCUUCUGACGGGGGUGUGGGCCAUGCUGAAAAGAGGGUACGAGAGGGUUUUGGCGGCAGAUUGGCUGAGCUGGUUGCCAUUCUGGAGGCAAGAGAAGAAAUUGGAGCGUCUGAUUGCGGAUGCCGAUGCCUACCCCUUGGACGCGGCCAAACAGAGCGCUCUUUUGGCUGAGCUCAACAAGCACAGUCCCGAAACUGUCAUCAAGCGUUUCGAACAAAGAGACCAUGCUGUUGACAGUAGAGGAGUUGCAGAAUAUCUAAGAGCUCUUGUUGUUACCAAUGCAAUUGCUGAGUAUCUUCCAGAUGAGCAAUCUGGAAAGCCUUCUAGCCUUCCGACGCUGUUGCAAGAAUUGAAGCAGCGUGCAUCAGGAAACAUGGAUGAGCCUUUUCUAAGUCCUGGGGUAUCUGAGAAGCAGCCAUUGCAUGUUGUUAUGGUUGACCCCAAAGUUUCAAACAAAUCACGAUUUGCUCAAGAGCUUAUCUCAACUAUCUUGUUUACGGUUGCUGUGGGGUUAGUAUGGGUGAUGGGUGCUGCUGCACUUCAAAAGUAUAUAGGAAGCUUGGGUGGUAUCGGUGCUUCAGGUGUGGGCUCGAGCUCUUCCUAUGCCCCUAAGGAGUUAAAUAAGGAAGUUACACCUGAGAAGAAUGUUAAGACAUUUAAGGAUGUCAAAGGCUGCGAUGAUGCAAAACAAGAGCUAGAGGAAGUGGUGGAGUAUCUCAAGAACCCGACAAAAUUUACUCGCCUCGGAGGAAAGUUGCCUAAGGGAAUUCUUUUGACAGGAGCCCCUGGAACAGGGAAAACUCUCCUUGCAAAGGCUAUUGCUGGAGAAGCUGGGGUGCCUUUCUUCUACAGAGCGGGGUCCGAAUUUGAGGAAAUGUUUGUUGGGGUUGGGGCUCGGCGUGUGAGAUCCUUAUUUCAAGCAGCCAAGAAAAAGGCUCCCUGCAUCAUAUUCAUUGAUGAAAUAGAUGCGGUUGGUUCCACAAGAAAACAGUGGGAAGGCCAUACGAAGAAGACAUUGCAUCAACUUCUUGUUGAAAUGGAUGGUUUUGAGCAAAAUGAGGGAAUCAUAUUGAUGGCUGCAACAAACUUCCCCGACAUUCUUGACCCUGCCUUGACGAGGCCUGGCAGAUUCGACAGGCAUAUUGUCGUGCCAAAUCCAGAUGUCAAGGGUCGACAAGAGAUAUUAGAGCUUUAUUUACAGGAUAAACCUUUGGCGGAGGACAUAGAUGUCAAAGCGAUUGCUCGUGGCACUCCUGGCUUUAAUGGGGCAGAUCUCUCAAAUUUGGUGAAUAUUGCUGCCAUCAAAGCUGCUGUUGAAGGGGCAGACAAGUUAACUUCUGCGCAGUUGGAAUUUGCUAAAGAUAGGAUAAUAAUGGGCACUGAACGGAAAACGAUGUUCAUAUCUGAAGAGUCAAAGAAGCUCACUGCAUAUCAUGAGAGUGGCCAUGCAAUAGUUGCCUUUAACACUGAUGGAGCACAUCCAAUUCAUAAGGCGACAAUCAUGCCUCGUGGAUCUGCUCUGGGAAUGGUCACUCAGCUCCCGUCAAGUGAUGAGACAUCUAUUAGCAAGAAGCAGUUAUUAGCCCGUCUUGAUGUUUGUAUGGGAGGAAGAGUUGCCGAAGAGCUCAUUUUUGGACAAGAUCAUAUUACCACUGGUGCAAGCAGUGAUCUUCAAUCGGCUACUGAUCUAGCACACUAUAUGGUGUCAAACUGUGGAAUGAGCAAUACAGUUGGUCCGAUUCAUUUUAAAGAGCGACCAAGCGCAGAGAUGCAAUCUCGCAUUGAUGCAGAAGUGCUCAAGCUUCUGAGAGAGGCAUAUGAUCGCGUGAAGGCCCUGUUGAAAAAGCAUGAGAAGGCUCUACAUGCAUUGGCAAAUGCGCUUCUGGAGUACGAAACCCUUAAUGCAGAAGAUGUAAAGCGUGUACUACUUCCUUAUCGAGAAGGAAGUCUGUCUGAGCAGCAAGAACAAGUAGAAGAGGGCGAACUUGUAUUGGCAUGAUUGGAGUCUCAUGUAGUAGAAACCUGAAGGACAGUAUCCAAGCAACAGAGAAACAUGGGAAAAUGGAGCAAAAUGUGUCGAGUUCUCUUGCUCCAGUGUAACAAACUGUAGGGCCGGGUUGCACAGCUUAUUUAAAAGCGUAAGAGGUAAUUGUUUAUACUGUAUUCUCCGUUUUUUCCCCUACAUGAUUCUGUUGGCAGGAAAAGGAAAAAGAGAAGGUAAAGAUUAUAUUGCCUUACAUGUAGCAUCUCCAAAGAAACAGUGCUCUUAGAAACCUUGAGCAGACGGUUGUCAUAAAUCAUCAGAAAAAAUGGUGUAUAACUGUUAGACCCACCCAUUCUGGGUGAAAUUUUGGAUAGUAUUUGACAAAAUGUAUUCUGUCUCAUUAUUUUUGGAGUAUUCAUACGAAAAAAGAAGGAAGAGAAGAAGAAUAAGAGAUGGCAAUUUUUACG